ACGGUUCAACUGAUUAACUCGACACAAAUAAAAAUGGUGGUUCAAUAGAUUAGAUUUCUCCGAACAUUUACUAAAUUGAAUUAAUCUACAAACGUAGUAAUCAAUAAUUAGGGAGUAAAGUACGUUUCAAAGCUUUUGGGAUCGUAAUUCGGUGCGUUUAAAAGGUGCAAUAACGAGAGUUGUGUUUGGCAAAUAACAGCUACUAUUGGAUUGUGGUCAUAAAAGCGGAUAACGCGACGGCCGUGAACUAAGCCGAAAACGACAAAGCUUGGAAUAUUUCAGUGAAGCUUGGCUGUCCAAUCAGCAUGUGACCCAAAUCUGAGAUUUCUCCUCUUUGUGUUCGUCUACAGAGCUUAUGUUUUGAUUUCAAUAACUCAAUAUUUGAAGCAGAGUUAUUUCAUCGACCAUUGUAAGUGAUUUUUGUUUUUAUCUCCCCAAGAUUUUACGAACAUGUCACGGUUGAAUACAACCUGCCAAGCUCACGGGGGGUCAGGUGUUUUACGCCUGGACACACGUAUGCUUCUCUAAACAUAAAAGAAGAUAACCUUUUACUCAUAACAAGUAGACGAUUGUGCUGUGAAUGUAACCAGUGAAAUGGAAUGCUGAUUAUUUUCUUGUCUAUUUUAGUAAGGAAAUAAAAAUCAGUUGAAUAUGCAUAACACAUUGGAGUUUGUGAAGUCAAUAAUGAGAAGAGGGAAUGUGGAUAAAGUCAUAGAAGAUUGAUUUAAAAAGAAGUGGAACAAUGUCAUACAAUGGCUCAUACUGAAAAUCACAGAUACAUAGUGCAGGUGUUUGUGGGGGCACUCUCUGCACAGUAUGAAGCUUUAUCAGUGGAAGCCUCCAAGCAGACCAGCUCUGAAGAAAUAGUUAGCUGCAUUGCUGAUAAGCUAAACUUGAACAAUGGAUCUGGAGGACCUUACGAGUUGGCCGAGGUUGUUGGCGACAUGGUCAGCGGCGAAUGCAAAGAGAGAAGACUCGGGCCUAAUGAAUCGCCGGUCGCUGUCAUGCUGCUGUGGCCGAACAACAACUCUGGCCAGUAUUACAGGUUCUACCUUCGCGAAAAAAUACCCGAAGAGCCAUGGAUGGAGAACUUUUCGGUGGAUCCCCAGCUGAUCAAGGACUUCUUCCAGAGGUUUCUGUAUCAGCCGAAGGACCGCGAGUACCCGGACCUGUGCCAGCUGCCCGAGCUCAAUGAGCAGACCUUGCUGGAUAACUUGCGUGCAAGGUUCGCGGCCGGCUACAUCUACACAUACGUCGGCUCCAUCCUGAUAGCCCUCAACCCCUUCAAGUUCUAUCCCAUCUACAACCCGAAGUAUGUCAAGUUGUACCAGAACAAAAGGAUCGGCUCCAGUCUUCCGCCUCACAUCUUCGCGGUCGCCGACGCCGCGUACCACUGUAUGCUGCGGGAACGAACGAAUCAGUGUAUAGUGAUCAGUGGGGAAAGUGGUUCGGGGAAGACGGAGAGCACGAACUUUCUUCUGCACCACUUGACCGCCCUCAGCCAGAAGGGAUCGCACGGCAGCGGCGUCGAACAGACGAUACUGAGCGCGGGCCCGGUGCUGGAAGCGUUCGGUAACGCAAAAACCGCCCAUAACAACAAUUCGAGCCGUUUCGGGAAGUUUAUACAAGUGAAUUACAAGGAAAACGGUAUGGUCCACGGUGCAGUCGUACAAAAAUAUCUGCUGGAAAAAUCUAGAAUAUGCAGUCAGGGCCGUAACGAGAGGAACUAUCACGUGUUCUAUUAUUUAUUAGCCGGUGCGUCGGAGCAAGAGAAGGAACAGUUGCAUUUGCUUAGUGUUGACAAAUACAAUUAUUUAUCGAGGACUGGGUGUAGUGUAGUGCCGGGAGUGGACGAGCAGUAUGAGUUCUCGCGCCUCAAGCAGUCAAUGGACAUGGUGGGCUUCACCAUGGACAAACGGCGGAGGCUGUUUGCUGUUUUAUCUGCUGUGCUCCUAUUAGGUAACGUGGAGUUCCAGCCACAACGAAAAUCAUAUCAUCACGACGAGGCGGUCGGAGUUAGGAACCCUGAGGUGGUGUCGCUCAUAUCAUCCCUCCUUCACGUGAAACAGGAGACCCUUCUAGCGGCGCUUACGUCCAAGCGCGCCCGGGCUUCAGGGGAAACACUCGUCAUUAACUAUAGAUUGCCCGAAGCCAUAGCGACUCGCGAUGCGAUGGCGAAGUGCUUAUACGGUGCUCUGUUCGACUGGAUCGUGAUGCAGGUCAACCACGCGCUGCUCUCAAAAAAGGACACGCUAAGGGAGCAUCAGGGACAUAGCAUAGGCGUCCUCGACAUAUUCGGGUUCGAGGACUUCGGUCCGUCGAACAGUUUCGAGCAGUUGUGCAUCAACUACGCCAACGAGCACCUGCAGUACUACUUCAACCAGCACGUGUUCAAGUACGAGCAGGAGGAGUACCGUCGUGAGGGCAUCCGCUGGACCGACAUCGGCUUCUCCGACAACACCGGCUGCCUGCAGCUCAUCGAGGGCAAGCCCAGCGGCCUGCUGUGCGUCCUGGACGACCAGUGCAAUUUCCCGUGGGCCACAAAUGAGACGCUACUGCAAAAGUUCAACUCUGUGCACGAGGACAAUCCAUUUUACGAGAAACCUCAGAGGCGUGAACCAGCGUUUGUGGUGCGGCAUUAUGCUGGCAGGGUAAAAUAUCAGGUGACGGUGAUGCGAGAGAAGAACUUAGAUCUGAUGCGGCAGGACAUCGUAAGCGUUUUGAAAAAUUCCUCGCUGGCGUUUGUUCGGGAACUAGUGGGUGUGGACCCCGUCGCCGUCUUCCGCUGGGCUAUUGUGCGAGCGUUUUUCAGAGGGUACUUUGCGUUCCUAGACGCGGGUAGAAAGCACCGCGUGCAUCGAGCCGACGGCGCUUCGCGAGUCCCGCGCGCGUCCAUACACGCGCCCAACGAUUCCAUCCUCAGAACGCCGCACAGGGCGCCGGCUAGGCCGCGCGAGACGCCGCCGCGGCCGCUCGAUAGCAAGCGGCCGGACGCGCGCGCCGACCACAAACAUUACAGGGGCGGCGCGCGCCGCUUCGACGAUACCGACGUCAUGCAGCGCGCCAGCCAGAUCGUCAUGAAAAAUAAGUCGUUCAGGCCUCGGGAACGCGCGAAGAAAGGUCUGAAGAACUUGCAAAGCGUGAAGACGCUAGCGGGCCGUACCGCCGCGCCCACUGGCAAGCGGAAACAGCCGUUAACAGUGGGGGCACAGUUCCAACACUCGCUUGCUGCGUUGAUGGAGACUCUGAACCAGGCCAAUCCGUUCUUUAUCAGAUGUAUAAAGUCGAACAGCGAUAAAAUCCCGAACGUGUUCGACGAGGAAACAGUCCAGCGGCAGUUACGGUACACCGGAAUGUUGGAAACUGUGCGCAUCCGUCAAGCCGGCUACAACGUGCGCCUCACGUACGAGGAGUUCAUCCAGCUGUACCGCAUCCUGCUGCCCAAGGGGCUGCUCAGCUCGCAGGCCGACGUCAGGCACUUCCUCGCCACGCUCAACCUGGACCGCGACAACUACCAGCUGGGUGCAACAAAAAUUUUCAUGCGCGAAAGCGAGCAGACGAAGCUGGAAUACCGGCUGCACCAGCAGAUCAUGGCGUCAAUCAUUACCAUCCAGCGCUGGUUCCGCGCCGUGCUCGAGCGCCGCCGCUUCCUCGCGCUGCGGCGCGCCUCGCUCGUCAUACAGACCUAUUGCAGGCAAUGGCUGAUCAUCCGUCAAGAAGCAGCCAUCAAACUGCAAUCGUGGUUUCGCGGUAGUCGCGUGCGGCGAUGGUACCAGCGUCUUCGAGGCGGCGUCGUGGCCUUCCAAGCGGCGGUCCGAGGGUACCUGCUCAGGAAAACUCUGCCCGAGUUGAGGAGGAAACUGCCGCCGCCCACGCAUGACAAUACGCAGGCGUACAAGGCGAAACUGAAAGUCGACCCUGAAUGUGACAUCCUCAGCCUGGAGCAAAUCAAAGACAUCAUUGGUAUUCAUGUGCGGCGAAACAUGGACAGCGUAGAAAAGGCUAGACAACUGAGGGCGACACAAUCUUUGCCGAUUGCGAGUUGGGAGAAAAAAGUUGAGGACAUAUUAUUAGAAAUCACGGAUGAAGAUUCGUAUAGCAAGAAGAAACUUUAUAAAACGCAAAACGUUAAUGAAAUACCUUUGAAGCAAGCCAGUACGAGCAUCGGCCAACAAGAACCUAGCGAAUCGUCACCCGAAGAUAACUGGUGUGUAAACCAAUCCAAGUACCCUCAAAGCGGCAUCGCUCUCCCGAAGAAAAUCACGGCUGAAGACCUAGCCAAUGAGUGGUUGUGGCUUAGGAUAGACCAGAGCUAUCUACAGGGCAAAAAUAAGAUAAGAGAAAGAGAAUUGGAAGAACUAAUGGAAUCCAUGGCGAGUGGGAGCGAGGAGUACCUAUCAGAGUGCAUAGACAGGUGGAGCUCUGCAGAUAACUCCGACAGUACGAAAAAUAAUGACUCAAGACGCGGCUCGCCAGUCGUAUACCAUCGGAGCAUAUCGAGCAGCACGCUAGAAGCGGGUCGAGCGCUGCACUCGCUGCCGCCCGUGCGACGACAUCCCACGCGACACCACGAUGCACCUGACGCUGCCGCGCCGCCCGCGCCCGCGCCGCAGCCCGCCGUCGCUGUAGUCGCGCAAACGCAGCCGCGUAACUAUACAGCGUGUUCAACCGCCGCCCGCUCGGUGGAAGCGCCGCCCGCGCCGCCGGCCCGCUCGGCGCGCCGCUCGCCGCGCCGGACGACGCGGGUGCCUCCGCUCGACAGCGCGGACGCGGCGCUAACGACCCACGCGCAUAAUAAUAUGCACGCCGCACACGCCGCUAGUGCAUCCGCUGAACACCUCGAUAUUAAGCGAACGGCAUCAGAGCUGAUGUCCCCGCUGCUCGAGGCGACCGUAGUGGGAGCGGGCGCGGGCGCGGUGGCGGGCGCGGCGGCGGUGGCGGGCGCGGGCAGCCUGCGGCGCCGCAACUCCGACCCCGCGCCCUGCGAGCCAAGGGCGCCCGACCCGCGGUCCACCGACUACAUUGGCCAGACGGGGAACGGGCUGUUUCGGAUCGCGGGACACAGGUUUCGCAAAGGCACCCGCUUCGCGAAGGACGACAAAUGCGUGUACUGUCACAAGCCCAUCGACGCUUUCAUCACGCAAGGGCAGCGCUGCAUCGACUGCAAGCAGCUUUACCACACGAAAUGCAUCCAGAACAAGGGCGUGAUCACCAUGCCCUGCUCCAGUCCCGUCACCGUCGCGUCACGCGGCCGCCACAAGAACCGAAAACGGAUCAUGCUCAAGGAUGCCAACUAUUUACUAACCGACCAGUCGAAAGGCUCGGUCAGUUCCAACUUCAAUCUAACCGGCACAUCGGAGUUUAUGGACAGAACUGACAAGAUAAUAUCGGACGCGACUGAGCUACAAGCGAUGCAACAUUUCAUCACAAAGAAGAUCUACCAGAUGGAAUCUUCGGAGAACGAGAAACAGUCUGAGGUCGACAGGGUAUUCAAGCACGCGCUACGGGAGUUCAAAGACAAUUUAGUAGCCACAUACAGCGUGGUAGAGACCCGUGGUUCUGCUCUCAAGUACAAAGACCUGAUCGGCAACUUCCUCCACGUCAUGGAGACGGUGUGUGCUCGCGAGGGCUCCACGUUGUCCAUUACGAUGGGAGUCAACGCCUUCCGAGGGUUCAUGGACGAGUUUAUGAGCCAGCAUGAAACGGAUAAAGCUAGGACGAAGAGGAAAAAGGAUAAGAAGAGAAAGGUGGAUGACCCCAUCCAAUACAAAGGGCACACGUUCAUUCUGUCCAUGAUCAACAUCCCAACGGAGUGUGAGAUCUGCAAAACGUUCUUCAUGUGGCCCAUCGAGCGAUCGCUUAUUUGCCAGUCGUGCAAGCUGGCGUCGCAUAAGAAGUGUUAUAUGAAGGUGACAACAUUAUGUAGAAAAGACUCUGUAAAUAGAUCUGCAGCAAUCGUGGGAGUGGUUGAUGCAGGUGGUAGGGAACAAUUCGGUGUCGUCAAAAGAGGAAAGGUAUUUGGCGUGCCGCUAAGCGAGCUUCCGACGGGCGAUAGUAAUAUUCCAAUUGUAGUAGACCGACUAAUAACAACAAUAGAAAUGACUGGGCUUUACACGGAAGGAUUGUACAGAAAAAGUGGGCUUAGUUCGAAGGUGCGCGAACUUCGGCGGCUACUCGACGAGCGGCCGGCGGAAGGUGCCGAGCGACUUGAACUGUAUGCUGUGCACGUGCGAGCCUCCGUUCUCAAGGGCUUCUUCCGCGACCUGCCCGAGCCGCUGCUCACCUUUGACCUCUACGACGACUUUAUCCGCGCCGCAGAGAUCACCGACCCGCAGGAAAGGGUAUCAAGCAUAUUUACAAUACUCAAAAAGUUGCCAAAACCAAACUUCGAUCUAGUGGAGAGGCUAAUCUUCCACUUGGCGAGGGUGGCGUUAGGGGAGGAUCACAAUAGGAUGGGCCCGAACGCGCUUGCGAUCGUGUUCGCGCCGUGCAUACUUCGAACACACAAGGUGCAGCCGGCGCAGGACUCGCUGCACGACAUCGCGCGCCAGACCGCCUGUCUCGAGGCCAUCUUGCAGGACAAGCUGCGCACUGUCCGCGGCACGCUACAAGACAUCGCGACCCUAGAGUCGGCGUGCCUGACGGCCAACGACCGGCUGUCGUCGCUGCGCUCGGCCUCGCGCGCGCCGCGGCCCGAGGAGCACAUCCUGGUGGGCCACAUCCACGAGAUACAGAAGGAGAAGGCCAUACUCACCUCCAACCUGCCCACGCUUAUCAGGGCGACGUCAGACGACGACCUGCUGUCGACCACGGACCACGACGGCGAGUUCGGUUCCAGCGACGACCUCAGCGCCGGCGCGCUCCGCUCGCAGCGCCUUCUACACCGCCAGCUGUCCACCGACGACCCCAUCAUGGUCUGACAUCCACCACCAAACGAACCACAUACGGAACGAUCCUCAUAAAAAAAACUCAUUUAUUUCCUGUAAGUAAGCUCUCAUACAGAAUUUUAACACGUGCUAAAAAGCGUGCGCGCCAGUGCUAAAAAGAAGCAGCGCGACAGAUCUUACAUUGUGCCAGGUAUCCACAGACAACCCCAUCAUGGUCUGACACACGGACCACUAAAGGAUUCAUGUAAUGAACGACCCCUUCAAGUACCAGCGUACCACUAUAGAAAUCAAAUGUUAUCGUGCGACCGAUUACGGUUCCACAAGUUGAGAAAAAAUCACACCAAAAUGAAUGAUCCCACUUUGCGCCAGGUCUCCACCGAAUAAUCAUAUCAUUAGAACCAGCCGUUAGUUUUCUGUGUAAUGUGUACAUGAGCCUUUACACAAUUUUUAUUGCAUAUGAAGACACCAUCUACUUUCUGCAAUAUCGUAUCGUGUGACGUCAAAUCGAGUUGAGCAUGACAAAUGGUGCUUGCAUGUGACGUCUCAUAGAUUUAACCAAUCAUGACCGAUUUCAAUCGCAUUGCGCCAACUAAAAUAUUGGUGAAGAUAUACAAAUGUCAGGUUAUUUAAAUUACCGGUUAAGAAUCUCCCAAGAAAUAAGAGCGUGAUUAUCAUAACAUAAAAUUUGUUGUAAUGUACAAAUUACAAUAACGACUAAAUAAUGAAUGAGGAACACCAUAGAAUCAAUGCUGGCAUCGCUCGACUAUAAGCUACGUUACUGAAUGUUCUCACAUUCAAUUAAUAACGGCGACACUUGCCAUAUAGCAGUUCUGUUUCAAGGUUUUUUCAACGAUGUAUGCGCUUAUGAAGUAACAAGUUAAUCAAACAGCGUGCCAAUACUUGUUAUAUGUCAUUCAUGCACACGCAGAGUUUACGUUACGAUGAGACUUAUAAAAUCAAACGUAUGACAAUGUAUCCGUGCGUAUACGCUUAGGUUUAUUGUGCUUGUCGUUUGUUUACGGGGCUCUGUUACGCAUACAUAUCUAUAAAAACAACGAAAACCAUUUUGUCGAAACUAUCUUUACGCUUCAGAGGGAACUGCGUGUGCAUUUUUGAUGACCUAAGGCAGGCAGCAGGCGCCAUAAAGGUAUUUUUCGUGUAAGAUUAAUUCAGAUGAGAUUAUUUUAGUUAUAACGAAAUGGGGCAAUAAAUGUAUCUUGUAUACAUAAGUUCAAAUCUUACGAUUGAAUACGGCCUCCCGAGGCUUAUAAAAAUCCCUAAAAUUAAAAUAAGAUACAUAAUAAGAUAAAUAAAUCUUAGUUAAAAUCUGUUGUAAUAACAAACUUUUAGACAACUGAGUGUAUUUCACAUUCAUGCCACUAGGAAUAGAAGUUUAUAUACGUAAUUCGAUACUUUUAAAAAGUGAUUCUGUUUCCAUAUAGUUGUUUGUUAUAAUUGUUAGUUUUCUGAUAUUCGAAUGUUUGUUAUUGCAUUAAGAGACUCAUAUUAUUGAUGUUGUGGAGUCUUCUUGCCAUUAUUGUGCUGUCAACUACAACCCCAAACGUAUUGUUGAUAAUAUUAAAUCGAGUGCCGGAGUUAAGAAGUUAGUACUACACGUGUGUCUGAUAAAGGCGUAGUGUGACUUGUGUUGAGAUUAUGAAUGCAGUAAAGUGUGAAAUCGUACUUAAUGAGUUAAACGAGCUUAUGUUAAGAGUACGCUUUCAGAAGCCACUGCAUGCGAUUAUAAACGUUAACGAGAAAAUCAUAUUUUCUUAUGUGAAUUAUAUUCAUCUUUGCACUGAUAUUAUAUUUUAUGAUAUAUUUUCCGUGUAAAUAUGUAAAUCUUGUGUAAUUGUGAUUUAUAUAAAAAUAGCAAUAUUGUUUCUUUAAGGUUUAUCCUAAGUUAUAUGUGUUCGAUAAAGCCUUUUGUUCAAGAUUGUAUUAUUGUGAUGAUUUGUAACUAUGUGGUAGUGAUACGGAGUUUAAAAAUACCGCUGUCGUUUGUUGUUGAGAAGUAGUCUAUUCCAGUUGCAUUUUUCCGUGAUUCGUAUAACCUAAGUAGGAUGCUAAAUUGCUAAGGCCCAGAACAGACGGUGAAACGCAACUGCAACUUUAUUGUGAAUGAAACUGAAACUGAAAGUUUCAAACUGGUCGCGUCAUGUGUGGUCUCUCAACGGACGCUAUGGCAGAAACUUAGAUGCAACUCAAAAGUAACUAGCAGUUGCAGUUUCGUUGCAGUUGCGGUUCACCGUCUGUUCUGGGCCUAAGGAUUCUGAAUAUCUUGAGUUACAAAAUUAAGUUUUCAAAUUGUUUUAAUAAAGAAUUCAUUCCAUUAAAUAAGUAAAAGCAACUGAAGCAAUCUAGUUGGACAUCUUCGGCAUAGUUACGUAACUAUUAUAUCAGCAGAUCUUCAAGUUUACCUAUUCUUUAAGUUCCAUUUAAAAGUAGUUCAUUAAGUUUUAAUCAUUAACAUAAUUUUAAAAUGUUAUAUUAGGACAAACGGCAUUCAUAUUACCAUGACAUGUUAGCUUCACACCGGUUGCCAUACAUUUUUAAACAACUAUGUAGCAAAAAUAUACAACCUUUGUACCUAUACAUAUUGAUAAAUCAGGAGUAACUUUUAGCUUGCUUUUAUCAUUUUAUCUGCUUUAUAUUCAAAAAGACUGUCUACUGAUAAGCUAUUGAUUUUAAUGUUAUAAGUCACAAAUAUUUUAACCACAUUCUAUGCUUAGUUUUUAACUACUAAUUAUCCAGACAACGAUUGUUCUGUGACAUCUUUUAUUUAUAUUUUAAGUCUAUGACUAUAGAUACUUUAGAGCAAUGAAUUUUUAGUUAAUAUUCAUAACUAAGCCGAGUGAGACACCAUCUCUUGUGACCUAUUCGACAUGAAUCUCACCGGAAUACAAUUUAUAGAUAAUUAUACAACAUUUUCAACAAGAUUCGUCAUACAUUCGACACCAAAAGGGACACUAUAAACCGUGAUAGUAGUAGGACUAAACUGGCUUUUAAACGAUAGUUCAGUGCAGUUUAUUUUUGAUAAACAAAACAUUUCUUUAUCAAUAUAAGCUAAAAAGAUAGCGAGAUUAGCUAGAUAGUAUGUUGAGCAAUGUUUUGACAUAUUAACGAGUGUUUAAUAUUAGUAACUUCUCUAUUAGUGGGGUUGUGUCGCAGUAAUUUACUGUAUUUUCUGUGCCUUCGACUAGUUUGCUUUUAGCAGGCCAUGUCUACUGAGUGUUUAGCUGAUGUGGUUUUCAUACUUUAAUCUUUUAGUACCUUUGACAUACUUUAAAGUACUGUUAAACUAUAUUUACCUACUUACUUGUUUAAUGCUUUUGGCGUUUAUAGUUGUAGUGACAUAUUAAGAAUUUAAUACAGGUAUAUUAGCGUUGUUUCAGUGCCCCAUUUUAACACAAUAUAUACUCAAGGUAUUGAUGUAGGCUACUUUGUAAAAAAUGAAUGUGCAAUGUGUCUAUAUGUAGAAAUUAACGACACUAGAAGUGUAUGUAGAUAAAUGGCAAGUUCCGUUUAAGGAUUUUGUAAAUAUUAUCUUUAGUUAGUAUUUUAGUCAGGUACUAUUUUAAUUUUAAUAAUGGUUAACAUCUCCUAAAUUUUAGUUAUCAAAAAGUGCCUGUCAAAACUGUAAUUUUAUGAUUUGUGAUUGAUUUAUUCCCAACUGGUGCCUAUCUAAAACAAUUUUACUGUGUAUUUAUUAUAAACUAUUGUUAAUUUUAUCUUGGUUACAUAUUACAUUUGUUGGUCUUAGAAAUGUUUAAAGCUUAACUUUUCUGUUCCAUAGGCCUGUUAGAUCUUAUUAAACCCUAACAAAAUAUAAAAUUUUCUGCAAAUAAUUUUAGAUAUCUUUUCAUAUGUAAUUUACAAAUUGUUAAUUAUUGUAAGACAUUCUUGCUAUACAAAAUUUAGAAUAGUGCUGAUGCGGAUUUUUUACAUGAUAUUAUUUGAUAUUUCUACAGUUUAGAUAUGGUUGCUUGCUGUGAAUACUGAAUCUAUAGGUGUAUUUGCUAAGGACCAAUACCUGCGCUCUUUACAAGUUGUCAUUUUAUAUUCCUGUAUGUUAAUUGACUGUGAAGUUUCCUAAAUAUAUGUUAAUCAUUAAUGGAUCUUGUAAAAUAUAAUGUGUAUAUUGUUCAACUUAUUUUUAGGGUUCUUGUAAUGUGUCAAGAUUGAAAUGUAACCAAAACAUUACACCUGUAUACAAAUUAUAAAAAAAUUGCUGUGGAAAAUCA